UUGUUUGUAUUUUUUUGUGCGGUUGUUUGGUUUUAGCGUACGAUGUGUGUGGGCGCGGGCUUGAGUUGAAUACUUGUUUCAGUAUUUCUACAUCUUUAGUGCACUUAGCUCAGACGUCUUUUUACCUCUUCACUUUUGCAAUAUAUCAAGAGAAAAAAUGUGCGGGCUGUUUGGAACUCCCCCAACGUAUUUUGAUAACCAGAAUUAUGAAGAGAUUUGCAAGUCUUGUCGAGCAAGUGGAACUUUAUGGGAAGAUCCCAUGUUUCCUGCUAACAACGAGUCACUGUUCCACACUAAGAAUGCACCAGGACAGAUAGUCUGGAAAAGACCAAAGAUUAAAUGGAUGUUAUGAGAAUCUUGAUGGCGGUAACACCGCAGAUGCUCUUACAGACUUCACUGCUGGCGUUGCGCAGUCCAUCGAACUUAGUGAUGCCAAAUUUCAAGCCAGUGAAGAGGAGAAGGAGGAGCUUUGGGCAGAGCUUCGUAAAGCUUAUCAUCGCAACUUUCUAAUGAGUUGUUCUAUCAAGAUCCAGUCUGCCGAUGAAAUGGAAGCAAAAACUGAUGAGGGACUGGUCAAAGGUCAUGCAUAUGGGAUCACCGGGGUCAAAGAUGUCAAACUAAGUAAACAUGGAGUACUAAGCCUCUUCAACAGGGAGAAGGUCAAACUGGUGCGACUGCGUAACCCUUGGGGCGAGAAAGAAUGGAACGGCCCAUGGAGUGAUGGCUCUGAUGAAUGGAAGAAAGUAAGUGAGAGCAAGAGAAAGGAAAUGGGGGUUACCAUCGACGAUGAUGGAGAAUUCUGGAUGCCCUAUGAUAAGUUCUUGAUACAUUUCACCAACCUUGUCAUAUGUCGUAUGCCCAACAAGAAGUACCUAACCCUACAUCGUACAUGGCAUGAGAAGACUAUCCUGUCUGCAUGGAAAGGUCCAACAGCUGGCGGUUGCAUUAACAACAAGGAAACAUUCCUUAAAAAUCCCCAGUUUCUAAUUAGUAUUGAUAGUGACGAGGAUGAUGUCAUGCUUCAGCUCACCCAGCCAGAUGUCCGAGCAGACAAGCAGCAAGCUAACUUGACCAUCGGCUUUCACGUCAUGAAGGUUGAAGCAAAUCGUAAGUACAAGGUUAGUAGCAUCAAACCAAAAGCCUUCACCUCGACAUUCAUCAACUCUAGGAGCGUGUUCGAGAAGAGGACUAUGAAAAGGGGGCGCUACGUUAUGAUACCAUCGACUUUUGCUCCGGGUGAAGAUAGUCCCUUCAUGGUCAGGUUCUUCUGCGAUGGUGGAUCCCAGUUCAAAGAGCUUGUGAAGUCAGUUCCAUCUAAAAGUUCCAACCCACUGAAGAAGUACCCAAGAGCUGUGACCUCGGUGCAAGUGCUGUCUGCCAGUAAUCUCGAAAAGCAAGACCUGAGUGGUGGUGCUGAUCCUUAUGUCUACAUAAACUGUGAGGGUCACAAGGUUAGGUCAGAGGUUAAAAAAAACAGCCUGAAUCCUGAGUGGGAAUUUAGUGCCAUAUUCUACCGAACCAAUCUCAACAAACCCAUCAUUGUCGAGAUUUGGAAUCACAACCUUGUUAAAGAUACUUUCAUGGGUCAAGCAAUCUUUAUGGCACAGAGCAGCAGCGAAGCCAAGCACCAUGUAGCGCCACUGAAGGACCGUGGCAGGAAAGGCCAAGAUGCUAAGCAAGGCAACGUCAGUGUUGUCAUUACAACAAAAGAUGAUUUAACCGAGUUGUAAAGUAGAAUUUUGUUAUUUGUGUGUAAAACGAUUUGUAAGGCGACGGUUGAAGGGAUCAAAAGAAAAAUGAUUUAAGUUUUAUAAUUGUAUAGCCAACAUGAAUUAUUGUGAGUUAAAAUGCCUUUAAUACUUGUAUCAUUGUGAGUUGAAAUGCCUUUAAUACUUUUGCUUAUGUCAGAUGCAGACUCUGGAUUUCCAAGGCUAAGGUUUUACACAUUACCUGGACAAUUGGAGUCUAGUACACAUUUUGUGGAUAUAUCUCUAUCUUGAUUGCAUGAUAUUUAAUCAUCGUAAUAUUUGAUUAUCUAUUGAAUUUUUAACCAUUUAUUUGCUAACAUUUUGUACUGAAAUUUUUGAUUAAAUUUCUAAAUGUAUUAUAUUAACACAGUCAUACUGCUGUUUAAAACCAUUUAUUGUUAAAGAUGGUAAGAAUAUAUAUUUUGUUUCUCGAAUCAUGAACUUAAUUGUAUUCAGUUGUGUUCUACAAAUGUAAUAAUUAUUGGUGUUAUUAUUGAAAUAAUUUGAUUUUCCUUUCGUAUUAUGGGAUGUUUAAAUAAUAUUUAAAGUUGAAUAUUUUCAGAUCUUGAUCAUGUAAUGUAAAUUAAUAAAAUAAUAAUGAUGAAUAAUACAUUUAUGCCUAUUACUAGAUAAUGCUUCUAUGCACUUCAAAAUAUAGAGUUAAUCAGAUAUAUAGUUAAAUAUGAAAAAGGUCAGUGUACAUGUGUUGAAUGUAGAUGUUUAAAAUAAUAUUUGCAUGUCCAUCUUUCAAGAAGUCUAUAGGUUAAAUGAUUUAUUAGAAAGUACGGAAUACCAUUCUGCAAUCUGAAAAUACUUUUAUACCAUGGUGGUAUAUGUUUUUUUUUUUCAAGAAAGAUUUGAGGAUUACUGUACUUUUCUUUUCUUUCCAAAUUCUAGACAAAACUACCUUUUUCCAGAACAGUAGCUAUUAUUACAGCUGUCUUAUAUAAAAUUCUAAUUCUGAUUGCAUGUUAUUGUGUGUAUGGUUUGGAUUAGGACAAUAACCUCCAAUCAUAAUUUAGAAUAAUUUUUAAAUUAGUGUAAAAAUAGUCACUGCCUUCGUUUUUUUCAAACGUUUUUCGAAUUCAUCAUUCCACUUGAAAAUACUUAACUGUGCUUUUCUUGAUUUGACCUGAUGCGUACAUUAGAAUUUUUCGAUGAUUCCAGAAUUAUUCUUUGUCCAUGAUUUACAGAAUUAAAGAAAAACUAAUCUUAAUUUGUAUAAAUCUAUUUUUCUAUAAAAGAAAAAGUGUUUAAGGGUAAUAAAAUUUGUAAAAUGAUUUUUGUAGCUAAAUAUUAUACUUCAAAACUUAUGUCAUUAAUGAUCUCCUCCUUUGCAUAGUUGAAUUGUAUUCACUGAAAUUUUCCAAGUUAGUGUGCGUAGACAUUUACCGUACUCACUUGUUUUUUUUUUCAGAAUUUCUACCUUAUUCUUUCAUUUGUCAAUUCAGGACCACAUAUGCUGGGGGCAGGGGGUUGUGGUUGUGAUCCAACUGGCAAUUUCUCAUUGACCCCAUCAUAGAUUCUAGGCCACCCCCAUACCCCAAUCAGCCAAUGCCAUAUAAGCUGAGUAGUAAUUACAUAAUUUACAUUGGUUUAUAACUUAUUUAAUUUGCUUGUAAUUAAAUAAUUUUAAUCAUUAGCAGUUUUGAGAUAUUUAUUUUAAGUAUUUUUAAGUCUUGUUUAUGAUAACUAAUUUAAAAAUUAUCAAAAGUUUGUCAUCAAUGAAUAUUAUUUCUGAAUUAAAAUCACAAGAUGUGUAAUUAAUUGCUUGUAUUAAAUUUUGAAUAUGUAAUUUCAUUUUUAAUUAACUUCAAUAAAUGUACUUUUCAAUUAAAAACAGACGUUUUAUUAUAGUAUAAAGUCUUUAUGCAUUGGAUUGAAAUUUGUUUAAUUAAGAUUUAUAUAGUUCACAUACCCAAAUGGUAAGUUGCUAUGCUGCAUUUUAAUGUUAAACAAUUAUUAAUGCAGAAAUUAUUGGAGCACGCAAUUAAAACCAGGAACCGAUUCGUCGGUGUCAUUUAUGUGUGUGCUUUCUGACAAAUCAGAAGUGCUAAUUCUUGUUACUUCACUCCGUUUCGGUGUAUAAAUACGCGAAUUUAAAUAAGUUCAAACGAUUAUGUGGUUUAUUUAUUCUAGUAUGUAGUUUAUUUAAGAUUUUUCACCAUAGUAUAUUGUUUAGAGUACAUUUUAGCAUGUUCGUCACCUUAAUAUCAGUAUACUGUUUGUAGUAGAUAUAUUUUGUUGUGAGUUAUUAUCCACCGAAUAGAUAUGAUUUUAACAAAUGAAAAUUUCGGACCAAUUUCUUGAUAGGAAACACUGUAGUUUAUGAAUUUCUUUCAAAUGUGGUUUCUUUCCAUCGUAUUUUAGCAUAUUUUAUUAGCGUAUUUUUUUUAUGCCUAAAAGUUGGGGUUAGUGAUAGACACUUGGCCUGUGAGACUAGAGUGUCAACUUCAGUUGUGAAAAAUUAAAAAAUAAAUGCAUGCAAUUUGGCAUAGCAUUGUAUAAUGUAUCAAACAAAUUCGUCUAAAUUCAUCGACCUGUGAAUUGUUACCAAUCAAGAUUAUUUCAAAUUCAAACACUAGAUUAGGCCUGCAGUAUUACCGGAAUGUAUAUGUAAUAUGAUUUAUACAUUAUAAUCGGUUUCUCUGUUUAAUGAUUUUUUAAGUACGGUGAUGGUUACUAUUGGUGACAGUGCCAGGUUUUAUUUAAAUAAACUUGUAUUACUACUUCCAA